AGAAGGAGAAGAAGAAGAAGAAGAAAGAAAGAAAGAAGCAUGGAAGGUUUAAUUCCUUACAUCGUAAACGCCCUCAAGAAGCAGAAAUCCCAAAACAAAUAUCGUUGUUCCUCCGAGAUCAGUUCGAGCCGCAGCUAUUACCAGCCGUUAAAUAGUAAAGGAUCGUCGGAGGGGUCUUCUCACCGGCGAACCAGAUCCGAUUUUCAACUACCGGUGGCGGCAGACUUACUUGGACAGCGUUCUAGUGGUGUUCAACUCCAAUUCUUACCGUCACGAAGCCUCAAGAUGGAGUCCUCCACUUUCUCUCCAUCAGCCUCAACGGAGACUGCUUUUAAUUCACAUCUAAGAAGGUAA